ACUAAAGCAGCAGGGGGAGUUCAUCACUUUCUUUCUUUCUUUCCAGGGCUGAGUUUGACUAUCCUAUCUGUCUGCUCUGGAGUGCGAUUGACAAGUAAAUUGGUUCCCUGCGGCUCCGUUUUCUUCUCCUUCCACUUCUUUGGCUUUCGUGCGCUCUGCUACACCUGCCUGCCAAAGCUCCAGCCGCUGAUGGGCGCGGCUGGGACCGGUGCCCAAAUCUGUGUUUUGACUUGUCUGGGAAAGUUGGGCGAAAAGGCACAAAAAGGACGGACGACUUCCAAAACAUCCCCAGGACGGUGCGUCAACAACAUAGAGACACUUCAUCCGCAUCUGGACUGAACGGGAUUUCAUUGAUUGUUCAACUUGGCGCAAGAUUAAAAUGGGAUGGAGGAUUUAACAAGACAGAUGGACUUGUCGGCAUCAGGCAUGUCUGAAGAAAGGGUUGUGUCUGAAACUAUCACUUCCACAACUCGAGUGACUUCUCUACCACCAAAGGGAACCAGUGGAUCAAAUCACAGGAAUAUGUCCAGUAGUGCUGGAGGGCUGGGCUUGGAGAAGAAUGUCUUAACGCAGAACAGCAGUGGAACGUAUUUCUCUUCAUCCUCUGUAGGUGUGAGUAGCUACAACUCCUCCUCAGGGGUUUACCUCAGUGGAGACUCCUCAGGAGGAGGUGAUGGAGGAGGAGGCUUCAUGGACGGUGAAGGCUACGGGAGCGGGGGGAGCUACCUCGUGAGCUCUGUGACCAAGGUGAGGUCCAGCUCGGCGGGGGGUGGCAGGAGGACACAGACUGCUGGCUCAUCAGGAGGCCUGUCGCCAGGUUUCCGGGAGAGGAAAACCAUAACCAGCCGCUCAGGAGGUUAUGACGGAAGUUCCAGUGCCAAUUCCUCCCCUGAAUUUACACGCAAAGAUUAUGGAAACUAUUGCUCCAGCAGCACAAGAGGGAGGAGUGAAAGCAGAGAGAGUGAGAUCAGAGCCAGAUUGCAGAGCACUUCUCCCUCUGCCACCAGAUGGACGGAGCUGGAUGAUGUCAAAAAGCUUCUGAAAGGCCGCUCCAGCAGUGUCAGCCCCACUCGCUCCUCCAGCGCCUCCAUCACCCUGCCGGUCCCCAAAAAGGCCAGCGUGGAAACCAAGACAGUCUCAGUGGCCACUCAGUCCGUUUCAAGUUUUGACACUGGUCUGAGAUCAGACCAGUUCAUCGACACAACUGGCCUUUAUGAUAACACUAUAGGUUCAGGGCAGUUUAGUACAGGGCGCUCUGAUCUCAGUCUGAAAUCAGGGCAGUAUGAUACUGGUUUAAAGACGAGCCAGUAUGAUGUCAGUGUGAAGUCAGGCCAGUAUGAUACUGGUUUAAAGACGAGCCAGUAUGAUGUCAGUGUGAAGUCAGGGCAGUAUGAUUCUGGUGUUAAAACAGGGACGUAUAGCGGGAGUCUGGCAUCAGGCCAGUUUGAUACUGGUUUUAUAUCAAGCCAGUAUGGUACCAGUGUGAAGUCGGGACAGUAUGAUACUGGUAUAAAGUCGGGACAGUAUGACAUCACUCUGAAAUCGGACCAUUUUGACUCUGGUGUAAAGACUAGCCAGUAUGACACCAGUGUGCGGUCUGCCCAGUACGACACCUCCACGCUGGACGCCAUCCUUCCAUCCUUCCCCUGGUCCACCUCCACCUUGCCCACCGCCUCCACCACGAUGACGGCCGGUGGCACCAGCACAUACUCCUACCAGGUCAGCACCAACAAUAUGGGAGGGUCCUCGCCGCUGAGCCCCGCCUCACCCUCCUCCCUGUCAGUUUACGGCUUUCAGAAUAAUCUGGCGCCCACGUCUGGCAGUGUGCUCACCACCAGUGGAGCCAACGUUAGCGCCAACCUGGGAGGCUAUGGGGUUCAGAAAAACGUGUCAAACAGCGGCGGUGUUAUCAGCACUGGAGUUUCUACAACCACUAGAUCUCAAACAGAUGAUGCAUAUAAGAAGGAUAAGUUCCUGAUCAUGGAAAAGGAGAAUGUUUCAGCCAAGAGAGAUGCAGAAAUGUUCAUUUUGGCCAAAGACAGCGGAAAGCAGUUCACCAGCGGAAGCGUCGGAAUAGGAGGAGGAUCAUUGUCUGGGGAUUCCAUAAAAAAAGAGAAAAUUAUUGCAAGCUAUGAGCAAGCUCCGCUGAAGACAGAGACAGCCAACUCAUACUAUGGAAGUUCUGGAGUUUUAAUGAAAGACAAAGCCACCUACGCAGAGAUUCGCAGGGACAGCGGGGUCUUCGGAGGUGGAGGACUGUGCUGCUGUGCGGACUCAUGUUGCUCCUGGUGGAAAUGGCUGCUCGGUCUCCUCCUCCUCUCUCUGCUGCUUCUGGGACUCCUCUUUGGACUCAUUGCGUUGGCUGAAGAUGUGAGGAAGCUGAAGAACCGUGUGGCUGCUUUGGAGGCUGAGUCGUCUGCUGUUUCUGCUCGUACGAGUCGGCUGUCGGGUUCUAAUGACAUCAACACGUACAUAAAUGGUGGAGGUGGAGGCUCCCACACUGACCACACCAUAUAUCUGGCUGGUGCUGGGGGUUCAGGGACUAGUACCGGCACACGAGUAGGAGUAGGCGGCGGGGCUGCUGGUGCUGGUGGAGCCACUGGUACUGGUGUUGGUGUCGCUGUUGGUGCCGGUGGAUCUACUGGAGGUGCUGGUGCUGGUACUGGUGGCGGUAUAGCUACUGGUGCUGCUGCCGGUGGAGCUGGUAGUGUUGGUGGAGCUGGUGGAGCGACCGGCUCUGGUGGAUCCACUGGUGCAGGUGUUGGUGUCGUUGUUGGAGCUGGUGGUCGUACCGGCACUGGUGCAGGUACCGGUGCAGGUACCGGUGCCGGUGCUGGUGUUGGUACCGGUGACAACGUCAUUGACAUCGGCACAGGCAGCAGUGCAGGCUCAGGCAGAGGAACCAUUAUUACCAGCUCUGGGACCAGUUACAGCGGUACUGCUGGUGGUGCUGGUACCAGUUUCAGCAGUGGUACCGCCUAUGGAACCGGAGUGAGCGGAGGAUACAUAGAUGUUUCUGCUCUUCAGCUGACCAUCCACAACAUGUUAAGAAGUGAAAUGCAGUCGCAGGCCUUCAGAGCUCUUCUAUCUUCAUCUGUAGAGAGAGGUCUGCCCGGACCAAAAGGUGAUUCUGGUCUUCCUGGACUUCCAGGUCCCAUGGGUCUUGCCGGUCCAGAGGGUCCUAAAGGACAGAAAGGACAGACAGGUGAACACGGACUGGACGGGAUGCCAGGUUCAAGGGGGCGUGACGGUCCAGCUGGUCCCAGAGGUGAGCCAGGACCACAAGGCUUUGGAGAGAAAGGUGACAAAGGUGCUCCUGGAGAUGCUGGUGUUCCUGGCAUUAUGGGACCUGUCGGACCAAAGGGCUUAACUGGAGCUCCUGGACCGGCUGGAUCACCCGGUCAACCUGGUUUCCGUGGAGAGCCAGGAUCACCUGGACAAAAAGGUGACAGAGGGCUCGCUGGACCUACAGGUCUUAAAGGUGAACCUGGUGACAAGGGUCUCAGAGGUCUGCCAGGUGAUCCCGGUUUUCCAGGUAUGCCCGGACAAUCUGGAGAAAAAGGACAGAAAGGGUCAAUGGGUCUGUCUGGACAAGAUGGUGCAAAAGGCUCAAGAGGUGACCAAGGUCCUAUUGGUCCUCCUGGACUCAGAGGCCCUUCUGGUCCUCCAGGGGAUGCUGGCCUUCCAGGACAACCUGGACUUCAAGGACCACCAGGAAUACCAGGAAAUCCAGGACGUCCAGGGGCCAAAGGAGAAACAGGUGAAGCAGGAAGAGUCAUCAAUGCAGCUGGAUCCACUUCUGUGGGUAUCCCAGGACCACCUGGACCAGCUGGUCCUCCCGGGCCUGCUGGACCUCCUGGAUUAUCAGGUCCCAUCGGUCCUGCUGGCCUGCCUGGUCAGUCUGGUCCUAAAGGUGACAGAGGAGCUAAGGGAGACCAAGGAGAACCAGGAAUAACAGUGAGAACGUCUGAAACUAUAAGCUCCAGCAGAACCCAGAGCCAGUAUGGAGCAAGCGGAGGCUCAGGAAUACCUGGCCCACCUGGCCCACCAGGUCCACCUGGGCAACCUGGACGCCCAGGUGAUUCGAGACAAGGUCCUCCAGGACCUCCAGGUCCACCAGGUCAGCCAGGUUAUGGAAUACCAGGUCCUAAAGGAGACAAAGGGGAUCCAGGUUUUGCGUCCAGUUCUGGAUCAUACCGUAGUGGACCACCUGGGCCACCUGGGCCUCCUGGACAGAAGGGAGCCACAGGUGCUCCUGGACCAAGAGGGUAUCAAGGUGAGCCAGGUCAACCAGGAAGAAGCUCUGAGACAGUUUCCACUUAUGGUGGAGCACACGCAGUACAAGGACCACCAGGACCACCAGGUCCUCCUGGACGUCCAGGACCACAGGGAUAUAAAGGUGACGUCGGACCUCCUGGUGCUCCAGGUGUUCCUGGCUCUUCAAGAGGCCAAGGCCUUCCUGGUCCCCCGGGUCCUCCUGGUCCUCCAGGCCAGCCAGGCUCCUUUGGUUCCUCCAGUGACAUGCGGCAGUACAUCACUGACUAUAUAAGUCGAAGCAGUCAGCUUGCUGUCCCUGGACCUCCAGGUCCACCUGGUCCUCCUGGUCUCCCGGGAACCUCCUCAGGAUCUCUGGAGGACAUUUCUGCUCGUGUCAUUGCAUACAUCCAGCGUUCAGGCUCAGGCUUCAGUUUUAGUGGCCAGGCUGUUCAGGGUCCUCCUGGGCCUCCUGGACCUCCAGGCCCUGGUUCUCUGACAGUUCAUGCUCUCAUCGCCAUGCUGCAGAGAGACGAUGUGAAGAGAUACCUGGUAGGACCACCAGGACCACCAGGGCCACCAGGACCAGCAGGACCAGCAGGGUCAUCACGGGUAUCAGGGGACGCUUUAGGAGGUUACUCUACAGAACAGAUCGCCACAUACGUCUUCAAAAUUAUGAACGACAGAGGAAUGUCUCGAGGUCUGCCUGGACCACCUGGGCCACCUGGACCACCAGGUCCCGCAGGUUCAGCAGGCUCUGGUUUUGCUUCUACCACCUUCGAUUAUUCUGCCCUGUUGAGGAAUCCAGACUUCCGAUCCUGGGUCUCCUCUGCUGUACCGCAAGGUCCUCCUGGUCCUCCAGGGCUUCCAGGCCCUCCUGGUCCCCAGGGGCCACCUGGAGUCUCCUCUGCCACUGUGUAUACAGGUGGUUCAGGAGGUCGUAGCUACAACAUGGAGGAAAUCCAGCGUUACCUGCAGAGCUCUGGGUUCAGAGGUCUUCCUGGCCCUCCUGGUCCUCCAGGUCCACAGGGUCCACCAGGCAGGUCCAGCGGAUCAAACUCAUAUGGUGCAAACUUCCCUCGGGAGACGAUUCGUGCUGAACUGCAGGAGUAUCUGACCAGUGACAGCAUGCGGCGGUCCUUCAUCGGCCCUCCAGGGCCACCAGGUCCACAAGGGCCAAUGGGACAGAAAGGAGAUCGUGGUGAACCAGGAUACGUCCAAAGCCACGUGCAGGGCCAGACCUACGCCUAUGGGGACUCUCGCGACUCUCGCUAUGGGUCUGACCGCAGAGACAUCGAUGUCAGCAGGCUCACUGAGACGAUGGACUACUCCAGCGUCGCAGCGAAAGUUUCAGAUUACAUAAAGAAUCAAGGUCUGCUGCAGGACUAUCUGGUUGAGGGCCCGUGGAAAGCACAAGUCAGAGCAAUCCAAGGCCCCCCUGGUCCUCCUGGCCCCCCUGGACCUCCUGGAUACAGCAGAGUCCUUGCCUCCUAUGGCAACAUCACAGCUGACCUCAUGGACUUCUUCAGGGCUCAUGGCACUAUCCCCGGCCCUCCUGGAAUCCCGGGUGUACAGGGGGACAGAGGUUUCCCAGGACCCAAAGGAGACAAAGGUGACCGUGGGCUGCCAGGUUUACCGGGAUUACCAGGAACCCCGAUUACAACGGGGCAGCACACAUACACUGUCCAAAUUCCACACAGAAGAAUCCAAAAGAGGGAUACAAGUCAUAAAGAGGCCGUUCGUCGACAGAAGCAUCGCCGUCACGCUAACGGUGGCUAAACAUUCAAAGGGCUAAAAGUACUACUGGAUCAUGUCUUCCAUUUCAGUUUUACUCAGAAUUUUUUUUUUUUUAGGUCUUUUAACUGUAGCAAUGAAAUGAUAGAAAAUGCUAUUACAUUUUGCCAAGAUAAGUCAAGAAAUAAAAGUGGCCAAAAUCGCAUCAGUCUCUUUAAAGUGGCUUCAGUAGAGCGGGUGGAAAUAGCUGCCGGUCGGUGUUUUGUAAUAUUUUACAGUUUUGACACGUGGGUGUAUAAUGUUUACUUGCUUAUUUAGAAGCUUGCAUUCAUUCUUUUUUUUUUUUUGUUACAGGAGCAGCAUUGUUUAAGCUACAGUACAAUAACAAUUAUUUUAUUUGCACUUGUGCUUCUUUUUCCACUGCUUGUGUGAGUCGAGUGUCUGGUGUAUUUUUUUUUUGUAUUUGUUGUCUUUUGAGGAUUAUACUGUAUCGAGGAUUAUACAAGUGUCCAAUGCUGUUACUGUUGUUUAUGUUAAGAUUACGAUAUUUCCAUUUUACUCCCAUAUUAAUCCGCAUAAAUCAAGCCAUCGUCCAGCCUUUAAGGCAAAGUUCUCAAAUACAUUUGCAGAGGAUCUGAGAUAGUAACAGUUAACUGAGGGUUGUUUGUGUGGAUGGGAGAGAGCAUUUGUUUAAUCUGGAUAAUUCAUCUGUACUGGAUUCAGGACUGAUGUUUUACUUGAAAGAUGUGGUGGAAAAAAAUAAAAGUAUUUGAAGUGUUUUAAGAGGGAGUCAGAUAAUCACUAAGAAAAGACUGAUUGGAUUGUAUAUUUUUGUAUGAGAGCGCACUGAAAGUGAUGUUUUCUUUAUUAUACAUAUUAAGUGUUAGAAAGAUUAAAUUAUGAGAUGUUCCCAGGUUAUGUUUUUUCAUUUAUCAUUUGAACAAAGACGAACAAAUAAAUUUAUUUUUGGACUUUUGAGUCUUGA